GCCCCACUGAUAGUGUGCAGGAGGCUGAGGAAGGGACACUUGCCUCCUCCUCACUCUGGGUGACGAUGGCCAGUGUAGACUGGGGAGAGCCGGAGGGACUGGUCUCCCCUCAAGGCCCGAAGCAGGACUGGCACCAGCGGAUUUUUGUCAACCGCAGCCUGGCGCUGGGGAAGAUUCGUUGCUUUGGCUUCGACAUGGACUACACUCUGGCUGCCUACGGGUCCCCAGCUUAUGAGGCCCUGACCUUCGAGCUGCUGCUGGAGCGCCUGGUGUGCAUUGGGUACCCGCAUGAGAUCCUGCGCUACACCUACGACCCCACCUUCCCCACCAGGGGGCUGGUGUUUGAUGCACUCUAUGGGAACCUGCUGAAGGUGGACGCCCACGGGAAUGUGCUGCUGGGUGCCUAUGGCUUCACCUUCCUCUCGGACCUACCCCUCCUCAGGGCAGAGAUCUGGAGCUUCUACCCCAGCAAGUUCAUUCAGAGGGACGACCUGCAGUGUUUCUACAUACUCAACAUGCUGUUCAACCUGCCUGAAACCUACCUCUAUGCCUGCUUGGUGGACUUCUUCUCCGGCUGCUCCCGUUACACUAAUUGUGACACCGGCUAUCAGCAUGGGAACCUCUUCAUGUCCUUCCGAAGCCUCUUCCAGGAUGUGACUGAUGCCAUGAAUAACAUCCACCGGUCGGGCUGUCUCAAGGAGAAGACCCUGGAGGACUUGGAGAACUAUGUGGAGAAGGAUCCACGCCUCCCCAUCCUGCUGGGGAAGAUGAAGGAGGUUGGGAAAGUGUUUCUGGCCACCAACAGCAGCUACAACUACACCAAUGCCAUCAUGACCUACCUGUUCAGCAUCAGUGAGGCUGAAGCCUCGGGCAGGCCCUGGAGGUCCUACUUUGACCUGAUCGUGGUGGACACGCAGAAGCCCCACUUCUUUGCAGAGGGGGUGGUCCUGAGGCAGGUCAACACGGUAAUGGCAGGUGCAGAGGACUCAGGAAAGCUCCACGUGGGCACCUACACAGGGCCCCACCAGCACUGUGCUGUCUACUCUGGAGGCUCUUCGGACAUGGUGUGCGAGCUGCUUGGGGUUCGGGGGAAGGACAUCCUGUACAUUUUUGGGGACCACAUUUUUGGGGACAUUCUCAAGUCCAAGAAGCGUCAGGGCUGGCGGACUUGCCUGGUGGUUCCUGAGCUGUCCUGGGAGCUGGACAUCUGGGCCCAGGAGAAGGAGCGGUUGGAGGAGCUGAAGAGACUGGACACGCACCUGGCAGACAUAUACCAGCACAUGGAUGGGAGCAGUUGUGAGCUGCAAGUCAUCAACUUCACCAAGAGAGAGAUCCAGAUGCCACAUGAGUCAGUUGUGGAGCAAGAACAGGCCAAUCUAGACUCUGCCUCCUGCCUCCUCUCCUGCAACCAGAGGGGUGAGGGCAAAGAGAGAAACGAGGACCAGGAAAGUUACAUCGAGGCUGACGGAAUCCCAGACAUGGGCUGGCAUCACGGGCCAUCUUCUACUUGAGAUAUUUUUCAGAUAACACAAGUAUGGAAGAAGGAAAAAGCAACUGUAUUGAAAUCUCCUAAAUGCAGCAGAUUCGGAGCCUGCAAACACUUCUUUUAGGGAGGAGG